AUGCUUCUCGUUCAUCAGGCUGGCAGCGUCAAGAUCGGCGAAGUCGUCCGAUAUACCCUUACCUAUACGCCUAGCAAUGAUCGCAUCCUCCCUACACCCUCGCAUCUACAUCUGAAGGUCAAGAAUACUUCCGCGAUUCCACUGCGCGCGGCGUGGGUACACGGUCCGUAUGCGCUGCAUGUUUGCGCUUAUCCGUCCACUUUCAAUCCCCAUCACAAGGUUGAGCACCCAAAGCGGGAUGGAGUGCCGGAGUAUGAGCCGAUGGUGAAGGCCGGUGGGAGCUGGUCGAUGAAGCUGCUUGUUCCGGACCAUAUAAGGGAAACAGGCGCGGAUUUGGGACGAAGAUCACAAUCGCAGCAGUAUGGUGGCGAGGGCCAAGAAGAGAAGGGCAGUGUGACAUGGAUUGUGGAGAUUGCGUCGCAAAUUCUCUUCUCGAAUUCUGCUUCGGUAGGGUUUGAGGUGCUCGUUGGACGGGAUGAGAGGAGUCUAGAUCUGGGAUUUGCAGCGGUUGCUGGACAUGGACAUGGUGGACCGGGACAAGUGAAAGAUUUACAGUCUGAGAGAGAGAGGAAGGAGGCGAGAAGGAGAGGUCAUGUACAGAGUGAAGGGGUAUACUCGAAGGCUGUGAAAUUGGUCGUGGAAGAUACGGAAACGCUGUGGGAUAAGCCGCCUCUUCCCUCUUGGGACGACGACCAGAAGAAGUCCGCGAAAGGUACGGAUACGAAAGGCAAGGAUGAAGAGAGUAAGGCAAAGCAACAGCGGAAACGGAGGAACGUCCAUCUUGUCGUGGUCACACAUGGUCUGCACAGCAACCUUGGCGCGGACAUGCUAUUCUUGAAAGAGAGCAUAGAUGCGACUGUGAAGCAAGCUCGUGCUGAAGUCAAGAAGAGGAAAGAGAGCUAUGGAGCUGUUCGAAAGAACGAGAAACCUGCAGAUGCCGAUGCAGUGCCAGCAGGUGAGAAAUCAGCGGAUGGUGACAACGAGACCUCAACUGCUCCUCUGUCUGGUGGACAGGAGGAAUUAGACAAUGCUCCGGAUGACGAGGAAGAUGAUGAAGAGGAGACGAUCGUUCGUGGCUUCACUGGCAAUGCAGUGCGGACUGAAAAUGGCAUCCAGUACUUGGGCAAAAGGCUUGCUAAGUACAUUCUGCGCUUUACGUAUCCGGAUCAACCGUUCUUACCCAUUAAGAAGAAGUUCACGCGGAAGCUCACCGAUACGUUUACAAGCGAGGCAGACAAAGCGAAGCGCGACGGCAAAGCCGCACAUCAAGGGAGCAGUAUCCACGACGGGCAGAUUCAUGAUCCUGAAGAUUUGCCGUAUCGAUUCACAAGCAUAUCGUUUGUUGGACACAGUCUUGGAGGUCUCAUCCAGACAUACGCCGUCGCUUACAUCCACAAGCACAGUCCGACCUUCUUCCAGCAAAUCAAGCCUGUCAAUUUCAUCUGCAUGGCGUCGCCUAUGCUUGGACUGAGUAACGAGAACCCCAUGUAUGUCAAAUUCGCCUUGGAUUUUGGACUCGUCGGCCGUACUGGACAGGAUCUGGGACUGACGUGGCGACCUCCAACGCUUGCUAACAAGGGGUGGAACGCCGUGAUGGGAGGGUUCGGUGCCAGUUCCCAGAAGGAUAAGGACCCGAAUAAUAGGCAGGAGGAUCCUAGCGCGAAGCCUCUGCUCAGAAUAUUGCCCACUGGACCGGCUCAUCAGGUGCUCCGGAUGUUUCGCAACAGGACUGUGUAUUCCAACGUGGUGAACGAUGGCAUUGUGCCUCUUCGAACAAGCUGCCUUCUCUUUCUUGACUGGAGAGGGCUAGGUAAGGUGGACAAAGCGAGGCGAGAGAACGGCUUGAUCGGGACGGUGGCUGAAUGGGGCUGGGCUGAGCUCACGGGUGCAAACUCGUCGUCCAUCCCACCAAAUGUCCGCGCGGAGCAGGCCUUCGAAUCUGAGGAUGACGAAAAUGUUCAGACGCAGUCUGGGCAAGGUGCUGAUGUGCCUCUGCCAGCUGAAAACGAGACAGCCGAAGAUAACAAGCGAUCUACCAACCGCGUCAGUUACGAGGAAGAAGGCCCGUCUCGAGCAGGCACAAGCCCUGCUUCGUCCAUCACUAAGCAGCCAUCUCCUGAGCAGUCCAAGGGCAUGUGGGACACGGUCGCCAGCUUCUUCAAAAUCAGCAACACGCCAGAGCGCAAGCCUCUUCAGCAGAUUUCGAAGAAGACCAGCAAGGCUUUGCGGCGAGGACAGACCAUCUAUCAUUCCAACGAGGAGAGCAGUGACAAUGUCUCUGAAAGCCGAGAAGAGACCUACUCGAAUCCGACAAUGCGCCCACACAUGGCCCACACACAUUCGCAUGCUUCAGCUAACGGCAAGCGACCUGCUGCUACGCGCGGAGAUAGCUUGACGAGCAAUCACACAGGAGAGUUGCAGGCUCCACCAAAGACAUCCAUCUUUGAGUCUGCGGGGGACAUUCUUCAUCCGCCUAUGCCUAGUAAGCAGUGGAUCACGGACCCUAGCACCCGCGCCCGGACUAUUUUCCACGACCGCGUCUACCACCCUGAAGACAUCCCACCGCCUCCUGUAAAGCGGAGCAGUACCCGAAUCAAUCUUUCAUUCGGAAACGAUUCCAGUUCCAAAGGUAGCGUCAAGUCCGUCGCCUCCGACCAGACCGUGAAGACCAUUGACAGCAGUGCGUCUGGUGAAAGUGGCGGUAUGAAAGUCGAGGAGAAGAUUGCUCGUGCCUACCACCGAGACAUCAGCUGGCGCAAGGUUCUGGUUCGACUUGAGCCAGACGCACACAACAACAUGAUUGUUCGACGAAUGUUUGCCAAUGCGUAUGGGUGGCCUGUGAUCAAGCAUCUGUGUGAUACGCACUUUGCCGACACUUACACGGCCACUACUCGAGACGAGGAAGAGCCGGCGAGAGAGCGAGCAAAGCCUAUGGAUACACCAAUCGAUGCGCAGACAGGAGAAGAGGUAAGGAAUCAACGGGAUAAGGUGUUGCCGAGGACGCAGAGCGAGGCCAGAGAAGCGAGAGAUGAAUUGGCCGACCUCAACACCUCGCGCGAUGGAGUUCAGUCUGGCUUCUCUUCAAGAUCAUCUAGGAACCCUGUGCUAUACAGGCAGGAUUCCACGGUUUGGGACGAUUCGUACUUUGAGGGCUCUGAUGGCGAGGAUAGCGAUGCUGUCGAUGAAAGGAACCUCGUUGCAAAGAUCCUCAAUCCGAAUGCGCCUAUCAAGAAGCCAGAACCCCUCUAUCGCCGCCGCGAGGCUUCUUCCAGCGAAUAUCCCUCCACUCCUCGCUCUCCGACUUAUACAGACGGCCAUCGAGGUCUAGCACCAAUUUCGCCCCGAUCACCACGCAGUCCGCGAAACUCGGAGGAAGUGAAAGCCAUGACUCCGACCAAGAAUUCCACCAAGUCUACUUUUGAUGCGCAAGACGUUGAAGAGCCCAUUGUUACGAACAAACUUGUCGAAGAGCCUGAGCCGUUGGAGACUCCGACUUCGCCUGGCAGUGUUGUUGCGGAUGUUGGAUUGAGGAAGAGUGUGGAGGCUCAGAUUAGUCCGAGUAUUGCCAAGGCGAAGGCUGAGAAGAGUGGGAAGGAGGAGGGUAUGAGCACGUUGCCUGAUUAA